AAGUUGAACAUGACGUAGAACGUUUUUCUGAAUAUGAAUUUAUUAGAAAUACAAUCUUAACUUCCAAUAAAAAACGAUUAACAAAUUGUCGAUAUGGCUAUGAGGAUUUAAAUGAUUUUUCAGAAUGUAAAUGGUGUACUUUAGAAUAUUGUUUUCAACGUACAUUGGCUAGAUAUGAUAAAAAUUCAGGGCCAUAUGAAUAUUCAAUUCAAGAAAAUAAAAAG